UAACGGACGAUAAUAUUACACCAUUAUACAUAGGUAUUGUCGUUUCCACAAAUUCAUCUUCUUCAAUCUUCAUGUAUUGCCAUUUUGCAAACGCUCUCCUCUACCAAAAACUCUCACGCCAUUCCCUCUCCUCCUUUCGCUUUCUGGAUUUGUUUUCUUUAUACAUCAACAAGUAUUUGUGUGUGAUUGGAUUGUGGAUCGGUGAUUGAUCGGAACAGUGUUUGAAUUUGUUGAGAAGAAUGGGGACAUUGAGGGCGAUUCUGAAGAAUCCAGAUGAUUUGUAUCCAUUGAUAAAGCUGAAACUAGCAUCUAGACAUGCGGAAAAGCAGAUCCCGCCGGAGCCACAUUGGGGCUUCUGUUACUUAAUGCUUCAAAAGGUCUCUCGUAGUUUUGCUCUCGUUAUUCAACAGCUUCCUGUUGAGCUUCGUGAUGCUGUAUGCAUAUUCUAUUUGGUCCUUCGAGCACUUGACACUGUUGAGGAUGAUACCAGCAUCCCCACCGAUGUUAAAGUACCUAUUCUGAUCUCUUUUCAUCAGCAUGUUUAUGAUCGCGAAUGGCACUUUGCAUGUGGUACAAAGGAGUACAAGGUUCUCAUGGACCAGUUCCAUCACGUUUCGACUGCUUUUCUGGAACUUGGUAAACUUUAUCAGCAGGCAAUUGAGGAUAUUACCAUGAGGAUGGGUGCAGGAAUGGCAAAAUUUAUAUGCAAGGAGGUGGAAACAAUCGAUGAUUAUGAUGAAUAUUGUCACUAUGUAGCUGGACUUGUUGGGCUAGGAUUAUCAAAACUGUUCCAUGCCUCUGGGAAAGAAGAUCUGGCUUCAGAUUCUCUCUCCAACUCCAUGGGUUUAUUUCUUCAGAAAACAAACAUUAUCAGAGAUUAUUUGGAAGACAUAAAUGAAGUACCCAAGUGUCGUAUGUUCUGGCCCCGUGAGAUUUGGAGUAAAUAUGUUAACAAGCUUGAGGACUUAAAGUACGAGGAGAACUCGGUCAAGGCAGUGCAAUGUCUCAAUGACAUGGUCACCAAUGCUUUGUCACAUGUAGAAGAUUGUUUGACUUACAUGUUCAAUUUGCGUGAUCCUGCCAUCUUUCGAUUCUGUGCUAUUCCACAGGUCAUGGCAAUUGGGACAUUGGCAAUAUGCUACGACAACAUUGAACUCUUCAGAGGAGUGGUAAAAAUGAGGCGUGGUCUGACUGCUAAGGUCAUUGACCAGACCAGGACUAUGGCAGAUGUAUAUGGUGCUUUUUUUGACUUUUCUUGUAUGCUGAAAUCCAAGGUUAAUAAUAAUGAUCCAAAUGCAACAAAAACUUUGAAGAGGCUUGAAGCCAUCCUGAAAACUUGCAGAGACUCAGGAACCUUGAACAAAAGGAAAUCUUACGUAAUCAGGAGCGAGCCUAAUUACAGUCCAGUCCUGAUUGUUGUCAUCUUCAUCAUACUGGCUAUUAUUCUUGCACGCCUAUCUGGAAACCGAUCUUAGACCAUUUCAGAUUGGUCUUCAUGAAAGAAGUCUGGUCAGGGAAGAAAGCACAAACUCUUGUCCAAUUAUGUAAUGUUUGUAUUAUUAUGUUCAUUUAGUGAUGGUCACCCAACAAGAUAGUUACGAAGCCUAUUUCUGGCAGUUAAGUUGGGUAUGUAUUUGUUUGCAAGCUAGGAAAGCAAAUUCCAAGUGUUGUAGAUUCGUUUUACCGUAAUGCACAUUUCGUUUUAAUAGUCUGUUCAA